AACAAUCAGUCAAACAGCAGUCACUCUGUCAUUGGUAUUUUUUAACGAUGGAAUUGAAAAGCUGUGCUUUAAACAUAAGUUCGAUGUAGAUAAACACUAAGAAUUGUGUAAGAUCUGCAAGAAACUGUGAACAGAAUUAAAUACGAAAUUGUAGCAAUUGAUGACAUGAACUCGUUGGAGCGAAAUAAGGAAAUCUGCAAUUACCAUUUUCUCAACAACAUGAAUGUGUCGGACAAGAAUACUGCAGAAGAAACAGGAACUGUGUGGGAUGCACCUUUGUCAGCUGUAUCAACUUCACAGAACUUCGCAAUGGCUUUGGAAGUAGAUGAAGAGACGUCUCAACCAAAUCAACCUGAAUCUCUAAUCAAUCAGCCGGAACCAGUUGAAAAACGCACUGAAACGGUGGACAUUUCGGAAUAUAGAAACCAGUUAAUGGAACUUUUGAACCGAAAGGAUAAAACAAUUGAAAACUUGGCAUUCGAGCUGCAAAACAUGGAAACCAGACUACAGACAGCUGUAAACCUCAAAUUGGAUGCUCUUGCUCGCUUAGACAAAAUCGAAGGCAAAGAACAGAAACUUUUGUUUAAAGAAAAAGAAAUGAAACUGGAGGUGGAGCGUCUUAACACCACAAUUGAAAGUCUGAAGGAAGAUUUGGACAAAAAUGUAGCUGAAUUGACGGCUACCCGAAAAGAUGAGAUUUCGAUUUCUACUCAAUUCAAAAUUGAAAUGAAAGAAUUGUCGGAAAAACUGAGAAUUGCAAAUUUGAGCAUUGACGAACUAAGCGAAACAAAUGAAACUUUGAAAGCAAAAAACGACCAUUUCGAACGCAAACUACGAGAGCAAUGUGAUGCGUCUGCCAAAUUGAUGAAGUCUUACCAGAACGAAUUGAAAAGUAAAGAUGGUGAAAUUCAGACGCAUAAAGAAAAACAGUUCUAUUAUGAAGCACAAAUUGAGGAAUUGACCAAUGGAUUCCAUGAAUUGCAUAGCAUUUAUUUUGAAGAUCUCAAUGAAUAUGAAAUACUUGGAACUAGACUCCAGCAAUGCGAACUGGAUCACCAGACUGAAUUGAACGCAAUGGAUGAAUUAAUAACAAACAUGAAACAGGAGCUGAAAGAUGCAAAUUGUUUGUUGAAAGAAUUCAUGAACAGUAAUUGUGACAAGAACAAUUUAGGAGAUAUAGCUGAUGAUGCUAACGAUCUUCCAACUGUUGCUGAUCAUCCGAAGACGUUAACGGAACUUUACUCACAAUGGCGAAGCAAUGUGAAGCAGCUGCAGAGUAAAGAGGAAGAGUGCAAAAUGUUGGAGAUGGAGGUGAAACGAGUAAUUGAGAAAGUGAAAGAAAAUGCCAUCCAUUUCGACGAACAACAAAAAGAAUUGGAAAAGCUCAAAGCCGAUAAUCACAAACACAUCGAAGAGAGAAAUUGUUUCCUCGUGGAAAAAAUGGUCAGCCAGGAAGAAACAGAAGGCUGUCGUCUGCAAUGUGAGCUGUUAAAAAACGAGAAUGCUAAAUUGAAAUACUUUGGCCUAGAGUAUUUAACGAAAUUAUUUUCCAACGAUGAACCGAAUAAAACACCGAAGUCGCCGGCUGUUCACGUUGCCGGUAGACCAACGAAUAUCGUUGAAUUGAAACAACAGAACGAGAAACUACUGGCUAUAAUCAACAGUUUGAUGGAACAGCUUCAUGGAGGAAACAAUGAGUUGAACACGGUUGUCGAUGCGUUAGCUACCUCGUCAGCUUCUACUAGUUUGUGUGAUAAAAGUGUAGAGGUCUCCGAGGAUGAUCUGCCCAUGGCCAAUAGUUCUAUGCACUGUCAGUGUGGCAGUGGCAAUGCAGACCCAAAAUCACAGGCAGACAAUCUACUAAUAAUUGAAGACUUGAAACAGGACAACUUCAAACUGCAAAAUGCCAAGCGGGAACUGAGUGCAGAAAAGAAUUUGCUGCUGGCCGAGCAAAGUUUAUUCGACGUCCGCUAUAAUUUCCUCCAAAGCAAAAUUGAUUCACAGGAUAAAGAGAAAAAGAAGUACGUGAACAUCAUCGAAGAAAAUGGUCACGCCUAUAAGAAUUUGAGAGAAGAAAACGCGAACCUGUCAAUGCAACUGUCCACCGUUAAGGAUCGACUGGUUUUCGUAGAGAGCCAACAUCGUACAUUGGGUCACAUAAAAAAUGCUCUUGUGGUAGAAGUUGAAGCUGUAAAGCAAGAACGUGCCCUACUAAAGGUUGCAAACAAAACGCUUGUACACCAUCUCGAGUCUAUGAAAAAAUCGUUGGGUCGUACAAAACUCGAACUCCAGAUGCGACGGUCAGAUAGCACCGAAUGCCGGGUAAUGAUUCAGAGAUGGAGCGCUGCCAAAGCAGAGGAUCAAAGUCAUUGCAAUAUGAGUAAAAUUUCGAUGGACGAAGCUGUACAGACGGACUUUAAAAGUGAAAGCCAUCGUGGACGCGACGCUGAUAUUUGCAACGAAGCGAUGAGUCAUCUUCCAGACCCAAACAAAAAAAAUUAUUCGCAUCCACUGCAGUUGACAAGCUUAGAGCCCGGAAACACGAUUGCUGAGUCCUCUUCUCAAAGCAAUCCAUCAGACAGAUCAAGUCUCCGUAAACGAAAAUCGAAAACCGCCGCUGAAGACACCAUCUCAUCGUCCAAGAAAAGUCAACCGAAAAAGGCGCGGGUGUCAUUCGUUGAAACUGUUGACUUAUCAGAAGAAAGCGAUGAAGAGACUACCAUAGAUGUUGGUGGUGUCGAAAAGGACUUCGAUCUGCCAAACAUAAAAUUGCAAUAUGAAGCGAGAACACGAAAACAGGCCAAGUUCAUACGGGAUGCGUUCACCUGCCCAAAUCCAGAGAGCAACCUUAAGCCAGCCCAAAAGGUCUCUAACCCGAAGAAUACACGUUGUUCUGGCCGAAGUCAAUCAUCUGGCAAUGUACGGGCUUCUGUAAAUGUUAGAAGUUCGAGACGCAGUCGAUCCACUAAUUCAAAAGUUCAGAAAUCAAACGUUGAUCAACAGGAAUCCAAAGAUACCUGCGUUGUGGUUGCAGAUUGUAAGGUUGAAAAACCGAAUCGUCAGAGUAGUUCUAAACGAAGUCGGUCCCACAGCAACGUUCGAUCUAAUGCAAGAAAUGGAAUAUCAGCCCGUAGUCGAUCGACUAUUUCAACCACUGAUCAUCAGCCACCAAACGCUCGACAUCAGCAGUCAGACGUUCAUCGCCAACACCAAAUCGACAGUGAUUGCUACAUUGUACAGUCGACAACGAAUGAUUUUAAUCCGACUGGUGACGGUUCGAAUCGUAGUUGGAUUAAUGCUCGAAGAUCUCAUCGUCUUAUAAGUCGGUUCAUUCGUCUUACAAGAGCUGAUCAGCAGAAAUCAAAUGUUGAUCGUCAAAGGCCAACAGAUGGUAAUAUUUUACAGCCGAAAACGAAUCAUCGUCAAUCAAACGCUGGUCAUCAGAAGUCAAACAUUGAUCGUCAACGGUCAACCGAUGGUCAACCGAAGUCAAACAUCGAUCGUCAACAGUCAACCGAUGGUCAUGUUAAUAUUUUACAGUCGACACUGAAUGUCAUUGAUAAUGAAGAAGAAUUUUGUCCGACUGAUAAUCGAAGAUCUCGACGCCUUAUACAUCGCCAGAGCUAAUUGUCACUUUAAUGAUACAUUUAUUGUACAUCAGGACAAUGAGGUAAUCGGAUGAACAUAAUUUUUUGUUUAAGAAUUUUUCAGAAAUUGUUUACUUUAACGCGAUUUUCUUUUAUUUACGGCAUUGAAGCCGGUCAAUUUAAUGAAGAGAUAUUCACAUUUGAUAUUUGAAUAUAAUACACAUUUUGUAUGUGGAAAUUACUUGAAUUAAACCAUUUAAAACGAC